CCUGUUCUGUUCAUGCCUUCUGGGGCACCUGGCAUUGGCCACUGUUGGAAGACAGGAUACUGGGCUAGAUGGACCUUUGGUGUGACCCAGUAGGGCCAUUCUUAUGUUCUAAGAGAAAAGUCAUUGAAAAGUAGGUUAAACUUGUGGUCAGUGUUGCUGUUAUGUUGAUGAUUGUUUGCACUUCUUGUCUCAUAAAGGAAGCUAACAAUUUGGUGUUGCUCUCAGGUCAUCUCACUCUCUCUUGCUGGAAACACUCUGUAAACAUCAGCAGGGAAGGCAGAAAACCCCUUUCAUAUUUUUAAAAAGAAUUAAAAGACAACCCAGCCACGCUGUUUAGAAGGUGCUUUAUUUGGUAGCUAGAAUUAGAGACAAAAAUAGUUUAAGCAAAUUCUACGUGCGAACAUCCCUUUAACUUUUUUUUUUAAACCCUCAAGCGGGUUUGUGAGGCUUGUUGGUUUGACCUAUCAGGUUCUUUUUACUCAUGUUCUAAUCGCCUAACCUCUCGAAGUGAUGCUCAUCCAUCUGUGAUUCCCCAGACCUUCCUUGCCACUACCACCACUGGCUUUUUAAUCUGCAGGGGCAGUUGUGUUUCUAAGGAUAUAUAUUUUUCUGUCCUCAGUAUCUUCACACUUACUCACUUUAGAGCCCCUGGGAUGAAUGCCUUCCCAUACCAAUAAUUGACUGCACUUGAGUUUCUCAGGUUGCUCCAUAACUUCUUCCAUAAAGACUAAAAUGUAUCAAGCCUGCAUUCUGUGUUCCUAUUUUAAAAGAAUCUUCAGAAUCGGAAUGUUCCUAUAGUUUUCAGUACUAAAGACUGAUACGGAUUUAAUUUCUUUUCUGCUUCCUCAUUCUGUUGCUGGCCCCUCUCCCCUUGGUGGUCUGGAGGGCUCCCCAGUCUUCAUGGCAGCAUUUGUGCUUCUAAUGUAUUGAAUGGAUUUGUGAUUUAUCUUCAUAUUUCUGUCCUUCAUAUACUGCAAUUGUCUUUGUGUGUGUCUUCUACAUUUAUAACUGCCAUCCUGCCUGGCAGUUUAUAUUCAAAUCUGUUUAUGUUGUUUGGCCGGUACUUGAACUGUUUAAAACAUUCUAUUUCCCCCUGAACCUCAUGUAACUUCUCUGCAUAGCCUGUGACUUACUCUUCCCUUUUUCCUUUUUUUUUUGAUCAAAGUCCUGCGGGCGUUCUUGUCUCUGAAAGAUUUCUGAAGAAGACAGAUAAUUCACUUGGGGGGCUGUGUGGUGCAAGGUUUUUUACCUCUUUCUUUGCAUGUGCUUGCAGCCAUUCUUAUUUGAUUGUAUUACUAUAGCACUUAGGAGCGCUAGUCAUAGCGCCCAGCACAAUGGGCUCCUAGUCUGUAUAAACAUGAAUGAAAAGACAGUCCCAGCCCUGAAGACCUUACAAUUCAUAGAUUGAUAGUCAACCCUUGUCUGCAGUGGCAUCAAUGGGACCUAAGGGUGAUUGGCACCAUGGAUGGUCAGACCCUUAAAGUUGAUCACUGUUACCCCUAAGGGACUUGUCCUCUGCUGUGAAGUCUAACCUAGCUGUGCCAUGAUGACUGUAGAGCUCCUGCACUUUCUUCAUGGGGGAAUUCAGAUCUAGCAUCCUUUCCUUCCAUGAAGGUGCUCAAACUGCUCUAACCUGCAGUUGUAUAUGGCAUCAAGUUGCUUCUUCAAACUGUUCCAGAUGUGCAUUAACUAGUUAAAUAUUGGGAUAGUGAAAAUGAUCCACUGUUACUAUUGACCCAGCCGAUGUUGCAGCUUUAAGAGAUUAUUGUUCUGGUAUGGAUGCCUGCAAUAUAUUCCUAUUGUUGUUUGAGUAUUUCUGUUACUUGGGUUUUGUAACCAAAUAAAGUCCACCCAGGGCUCAAAAAAUGUACUCGCCCACUACCCAUUGGCAAGAUGUGCUGGUGAGUGGGCAAUUGGAGCACAGCCCAACGGUGGCUGUAUGCUGCUUCUCCACAGCUGGAUCUUGCAGGUUGGAGCUGUCCUCCGAGUUUUUUCUGGUCUUCAGCAGUGUGGGGAGUAGAGCACCAGCCCCAUUCUCCAAGCUGCCUGGUACACCUCUAGCUAGUGCUACUGUGGUUGGUGCUCUGCUCCAUGCCUUGUCUGUUUUUCAGGCAGAUGUGGGAGGGAAUUGCCCACAGUAAAGAACAGAGGUCCAGGCAAUAAAGCUUGCUAGGAAAGGAGAGUAAGGGGACGGAAGAGCUUGGCUCCCCAUCUUAGUAGACAGGAUAGUGGGAUCCCUUUUCUUUUGCAGCAGCUAUGAGGGCAGACACCAAUUAGUUCAGGCUGAUGCCAAUAUUUGGGGUGGAGAGAGCAGCUUGGAAUGUGGGGAGCAUGCUGAGAUCUCAAGCAUCUCGCAGCCCUGUUUUUGACAUGCAAAAUGUCCUAUUUCAGUGCUUUUCCUGUAGCUGCUAACACCCCUUCCACCUUCUUUUAUUUAGCUUGCAUCUAGUCCUCUGGCUGGAAAGUCCUCAGUUCCACUUAACAAUCCUUGCACUCAGGAAUGGUCUUUCAGUGAUAUUUAUGAUCCUGUAAAUAGAUGCUUCUGUGAUUCUUGGAAACAGCUUAGAACUGCCUGUUUCUUUUGAGACAAUCUUAAUGUGUGGCGGCGAACAGGCUCCGGCUUAUGUCCUGGUCUUGUGUGCCAUGGAAUGGGCAUUUCUGGCUGCCAGAACUGGCACUUUGGAAUCCUGGGAGUCUCCUACGCCUCGAGGGUAUGAUGCUGGCCUGGUGCUCAUUGCUCCCUGGGAGAAGCUGCGCUUGAAUGAUGCUUUACUAGCGGACCUGGAGUCUACCACCUCUCACAUCUCCAAACGGCCUGUGUUCUUGUCGGAGGAAACACCCUAUUCCUAUCCAACUGGAAACCAUACAUACCAGGAGAUCCCAGUGCCCCCACCUGUGCCACCCCCUCCUUCCAGCGAAGCCCUGAAUGGGACUGUGAUUGACCCUUUAGACCAGUGGCAACCCAGUGUCUCUCGAUACAUCCACCAGCAAUCCCAGUCUCCUGUCUACAGCUCCAGUGCCAAAAGUGCCAGUGCCUCCGUUCCCCGAGAGAGUGUCUGCUCUUCUUCCUCACGUGCCAGUGAAGAGGAGCACGUCUACAGGUAUCCUGCCCCUCCUAGGGAGAUGAGAAGCCUGAAUUGUGGUGGGGGUGCUGUGGGCAGUAAGCGCUGUGACUCUGCUUCCAGUUAUAGGAGGCGGGACAGAUACUGACCCCUCCCCCCCCAAAUCCUGUUUCGGUUUUACUGCUCAGGGCUCUCUAGAGUUCUGAGAACUCCUUUUCCAUGGAGGUCAUUGUUAAUUUAGCCUUGUGGAAAUGACUUUGAGAUGGGAAAGCUGGUUUAAUCCCUCCAUAGGCAGGGUAGGAGGCAACAUGAGCCAGUGAAUAGGGC